CACGUGACUCUGCUCUCGCAUCAACAUGGCCGCUGAGGAUCUCCCGUCUGAGUUUGACGUCGUCAUUCUGGGAACAGGUCUUGCUGAGUCGGUGGUAGCAGCAGCGUUCUCCAGAGUCGGGCAGAAGGUUCUCCACAUCGACAGGAGGAGUUACUAUGCAGCUCACUGGGCCAGCUUCACCUUCAACUCUCUGCUCACCUGGAUACAACAGCACCAGGAGGAGCCUCAGCCAGAAGAGCUCCAGGAUUGGUCGAGCCUGUUGGAGGAAGGGGAGGAGUUGAUCUACCUGUCAAACUGUGACUCCGCCUCCAUCAGGAACCUGCAGGUGUUCUGCUUCACCAGUGAGGAAGAUGAGGAGGAGGAAGCUCAGAGUCCUGACCCUCCAAACACCACAGAAGAAGACAGAGGAGGAGCUGAUGAAGCUCAGAGUCCUGACCCUCCAAACACCACAGAAGAAGACAGAGGAGGAGCCGAUGAAGCUCAGAGUCCUGACCCUCCAAACACCACAGAAGAAGACAGAGGAGGAGCUGAUGAAGACGCUGUCAAAGAAACCCCAGAGACAGAAUCCGCAGAUUCAAAGGACGAAGAAAGAAAACAAAGACCAGAAGAAGAAGAAGAACAGGCCUCCCAGACAGAAGGGGAGGAGCCAGAGGCAGACCAGCCUGCUCACAGCCAAUCAGAGCAGACCAGGAAGAAGAUCAGCUACGCUCAGCUGGUGAAGGAAGGACGCAGGUUUAACAUCGACCUGGUCUCCAAGCUCUUGUUUUCUCGCGGCUCAUUGGUCGACCUGCUCAUCAAAUCAAAUGUCAGUCGAUAUGCAGAGUUCAAGAACGUCACCAGAAUACUCACCUAUCGCAACGGAGCGGUGGAACAGGUGCCCUGCAGCAGAGCCGAUGUGUUUGCCAGUCGUCAGCUGUCUGUGGUAGAAAAGAGGAAGUUGAUGCGUUUCCUGACUUCCUGUGUGGAGGAGACGGAGGAGCAGCGAGCCUACCAUGGUCGGCCAUAUUUGGAGUUCCUGUGUGACCAGAAGCUCGGUGACAACCUGCAGCACUUCCUGCUUCACUCCAUCGCCAUGGUAACAGAAGACACGCCUACGGAGGACGGCCUCGCUUCCACGCGCCACUUCCUGCGCUGCCUGGGUCGCUACGGCAACACGCCAUUCCUGUUUCCUGUCUACGGCCUCGGGGAGAUACCCCAGUGUUUCUGUAGGAUGUGUGCUGUGUUUGGAGGAAUCUACUGCCUGAGGCAUUCAGUCAACUGUCUGCUGGUGGACAAAGAAACCAACAGGUGUAAGGCGGUGAUUGACAGCCGAGGACAGCGAAUCAGCUGCAGCCAUUUUGUGGUGGAGGAUGGCUUUGUGGGAGCGGAGCAUAAGAAACAGGCCACGCCCACCAGGUUUCUCUCCAGAGCUGUUCUGAUAACUGACGGUUCUAUUCUGCCCGGUGACUCUGACCAACAGGUCUCCAUGGUAACGGUUCCUCCAAUAGCAGCAGGAUGUCCGGGGGUGAAGAUGGUGGAGCUCUGUCCGUCCACGAUGACCUGCAUGCCGGGAACAUAUUUGGUCCACCUCACCUGUCAGGCAGUUGGCUCCGCCCACGAGGAUCUGUCGCCGGUGGUUACCAGGAUGUUCCGCACGCCACAGUCACAUGACCAAGAGAAAGGCCCGUCUGUCCUCUGGUGUCUGUACUUCAACAUGGCCGACGGUUCGGGUCUGGAGGUCGAAGGUCACGACCUCCCGUCCAACGUGUUCGUGUGCUCCGGACCUGACGGAGGUCUGGGUCAUGAACACGCCAUCAGACAGUGUGCCGAGUCGAUCUUCAAGAAGGUUCUUCCUGACGAGGAGUUCUGUCCUCCUGCUCCGAACCCUGAGGACAUCAUCUACGACGGAGACAACACCUCCUCCACCGCCGGAGAGGAGGAGGGAGGAGAGAAGAAGGAAGGAAAGGAAGGAGGAGAAGAGAAGGAAGGAGAGGAGGGAGGAGAGAAGGAGUUGAAACAGGAGGAGGUGCUGGAGGAGCAGAGCCUUCAGACGGAGGAGUAACGUGUUCAUCUCCAAACCUUCCACAGGAGACAAAUCCUCCCAUGCAGUGCAUUGUGGGUUAAAGAGGCCUUCAUUUAUUGUUUACAUUGUUUAUUGUUGUUCUUUCCGUCUUAUUUAAAUAUUGUCAACAGUUCGUUCUGUGGAAACAUUAAAGC